UACUUCCUUCACAGGAAAACGAAACUAGCUUCACUUCUCACUCCCAGUCAUUGAACGUGUAACAGCACACAGACCAGAUGGCAGGCUAUGCACCAAUUUACAAUCCAGUUGUUCCCUUCCAGAGUGCCAUACUUGGGGGGAUCUCAGAUGGAAAGAGAGUGACUCUCCAAGGACAAGUCCACAGUCAUGCCAAGAGCUUUGCUAUAAACUUUGACUGCUUCAAAAAUGACAUCGCAUUUCACUUCAACCCACGGUUUGAUGAGGGCAACGUCAUUGUAUGUAACACUAUGCAGAACAACAACUGGGGUUCAGAGGAGAGGAAGCACCACAUGCCCUUCCAAAGGAAUGCCUACUUUGAUGUAGCCAUUGUCGUGGUAGGACAUGCAUUUCAGGUCACAGUAAAUGGGCAGUUCCUGUUAGAAUAUCGUCAUCGCGUGUCUUUUCAAGGCAUCCAGUCCCUUAGCGUUAAGGGAGAUGUCAGCCUCAGCUGUGUCACCUUUCACCCAUCACCUGCGGAGAUGACUCCUGCUCCACCACCAUACACUCCAUGUUCAGCUCAGACAAUGUAUGGAGCACAAAUGGUUAAGCCAAUGUAUGGAGCACAAAUGACUCAGCCAAUGUAUGGAGCACCCAUGGUACCAAGUGUGGCUUUUCCAGUGAUGGGGGCAGCCAAGCCACAGAAAGGACCCACAAUGGUGCAUAAUCCAGUGAUGCCUUUUCAAGCUGCUUUCCCGAAAAGUUUUGCCAAUAUUGGAAACAUUGUGCUUACAGGAAAUGUGCCCUAUGGUGCAGACAGAUUUCAUGUCAACCUUCUGAAUAACAAAACGAGAAAUAUCCACCUGCAUAUGAACCCUCGCUUUAAUGAAGGUACAAUAGUAAGGAACACCCAGAACAGGGGCGCCUGGGGUCCUGAAGAGAGGCAGCUCGCAUACAUGCCUUUCUGCCAAGGGCAAAACUUCCAGAUGGAAAUCAGGAAUGAGGGAGGAGUAAUGGGUGUCUACUCAAAUGGAUCAAAGCUUUUCAACUAUGUCCAUCGUCUGCCUGCCAACCAGAUCGACACGAUUGAAGUCGGUGGAAAUGUCACCUUGACAUAUGUGCAGUACUGAAUUAUCAGAGUGUGGCCGAAACACAUUUCAUAAAAAUAUAUUAGCUACAAUAAAAUUAGAGGCACCUGGGGCAGUUUUAGGGCAACAAGCCAAUAAUUUGAAAGCUGGACUUUAGGGUCAGGAUUAGUAAACCUAUGGCAAUAAAAAAGGGUAUGUGCUGUCAGCUCAGGCUUUAGUUUAUCUUUAUUUGUCUGAGCCGAUUGUGUAUUGCCACCCAGAAUCCUUAAGAAAUUGGUAUGCAAAAAAGUGAUCUGCCUUUUGGCUUUCCACAUAAUAGAUACGUUUGUAUUCAGUCAUUAACAUGAAAGACCUCUGGAGGUUUUGAUAAUUCUGGUGGUUAAUUACAAAAUUAUCUAAUCCAAUAAAAUAAAAAAGAAGGUUGUUUUGGGAUUUCAGAGAUUUGAGUACCGGGGAUUCCAGACACCUUGGUGGAGGUAAAGUUGCCAGUUCGGUAAUCAAAUAUGCAAAAAGGUGACCUUCCACUGCUUACACUUUGCCAAUGGUGCAUUUCUGGAGAUAAUGACUGGUUAUCGAUGCACGACACGGGCACUCGGGUGGCGGUUACUUCUGGUUUGUCAGGCAUAGAUCAGUUCAAUACGUUUGGCAUUGCCAUGCGUUUGCCUUAAAGGCUGGUGUUGUAUUUUUAUUAUUGCAAGUAUUAAAAAUAAAGUGAUUGCAUAACAAUACAAA